AGCGUGGUGAAUGCAUUGAGUCACAGAGACAUGGCAAGAGCUCAUACAGAUAUCAGGAUGGCACUGAUGGGAAGUGUUGGGUCAGGAAAAAGCUCAACAGGAAACACUAUCCUGGGCAGAAAUGCAUUUAUAGAAAUGUUUGCUCCACAAGCAGUCACUCGAACGUGCCGCAGAGAAACAGCAAGAGUGCGUAGAAGAAACAUCUCCGUGAUCGACACUGCAGGACUGUUUAAUUCAACAAUGCAUGAAAUGCAACUGAAUGAUGAAAUGGAGAAAUUUGCUCGCCUGUCAUUUCCUGGUCUUCACGUGUUUCUGCUAGUCAUCAGACUGGAUGUGAGAAUCACAGAUGAAGAGAAGAAUAUUGUGAAAUGGAUUAGAAGCAACUUUGGAGAAGAUGCUGCACGUUACACCUUCAUCCUCUUCACGCAUGAUGACCAACUGAACGGUAGACCUUUGGAUGACUUUAUCAGAGACAGUCCUGAUCUCCAGUCCCUCAUUAACAGUUGUGAUGGCAGAUAUCAUUCAUUCAACAAUAUAAACAGGGAAAACCAAGAGCAAGUCACCAUGCUGCUAGAGAAGAUAGAUCAAAUGAUGGAGAGAAAUAUGACACACCAUCCCACUCCAGAGAGAUUUAAUACAAUCCAGGAACGCAUUCGAAGAUUGGAAAUUGGAGCAUGUGUGGGAAUAAUAGGAGCAACUGCAUUAAUUGCAUUAAUUUUAGCUGCAAAAAUGGAGCAACCAUAG